AUGACACCCGGGGAGUUCAACGGACUUAUGCCGUCUUCGGUGAAGAAGACUACCGAGGGCAACCAGCUGAGCAACGCCGCUGGUCCACAACAGGAGGACAACCUGCCGACCACCGCCGCCAACACCAUGGCCACGUUGGGCCAUACGGCAACCUCCAAGCGCACAGCUCCAGAAAGAAGCGCUGCCAUCAGUGGCCGCAAGACAAGACGGUACCGGCAUAAGCGGAACAAAGUCGAGCCUGCACCGUCACAGGGCGGGGUUCCCUCAAUUUUGUUCCCUCCCGUCAUGCCAGCCCCCGUGACCAACGUGGAUACGUUCCAGGUGACGACCCCCGUCAUCGCGCCCGAGAGGGCCAAGUCAGUGGGCAAGCCGGACGUACCAUCCUGCGCUGCGGAACACAAAGGAGCGGCUGCCCCCGACAUUCAACGAAAGCCAGAUGAAGUGGAACCCGCGCCCACGACGAACCCUAAGGCACUGACAGACUAUGCGUCAACUACUGCUCCAGGGCAGCCACAAUCAAAGAAGCACGCGCCUUCGCAAGUGGCCGAUAUCUACGAGGCACUUGCGACGCUGGAUCUGUCGCGGGAGAAGAAACCCACUCGGCAGGAUUCGAUUAAUCCCUUCACCACGUUCUUCGACGUUCGCGCUGAUCCAUCAUCUUCCUGUAAUCGGCCUGCCCGUGCGGCUGCUCACAGGAACUCGAGAUGGCCGUGCGACAUGAACGUGGUGGUGAUGGCAGUGUUGGUCAUGAUCAUUCUCGCCUCCGCCUUCUUCGUGUACAAGAAACCUAAGCUGCAGCGUCAGAUGAUCUGUUCAACCGAGGACUGCGAGCAACAUCGGAAUCGCAUAGAAGAUCAGCUCGACAAAGAUAUCAACCCUUGCGACGACUUCGGUGCUCAUGUGUGUCGACGCUGGAGGCCCCUCGAGCAGUUUAAGCUGUCACGCUCGCAGCUUUCGGAUAUGCUCCUGUCGUGGCUCCACAAACUGCCGGCGACACUGAAGAAAGGUGUUAUUCACUUCCCCGUGGGCAAGAAAGUCAGUGACAUGUUCAACAGCUGCAAACGGCAGACGGAAUCACAGGUUCCCAUCAUGAAAGAAUUCAUGCACGCAUGCGGCAUUUUUUGGCCGGAGAAGCCCAACGAACCAGUUCGUCCAGCGAAAGCUCUGUUUGAUCUCUCUCUUAACUGGAACGUGCACCUCUGGUUCAGCGUGAAGAUUCUUCCCGCCAUUCCAAAUAAAAAGCCAAGACUUAUCUUCUUUGAGCCUAACGAGCUUAUGCUGCUUUGGAAGGCUACAAUUAAUCAGAUACCGGAGAAGCAAUUCCAGAUUGUUUACGACGACCUUUACAAGAUAUUUUCCCAGAACACGAACCGCACUCCCGAAUUCAAGGACAUAUCGGAGACAUACAAAAUGCUUGAAGACGUCUUUGACACCUUAGUACCGUCGUGCCCUUGCAAAGCACGCAUUCCGGGAUUGUUUCCCUUGAGGGACAUUGACUUCAAGUCUCCCUUUCCUCUUGGCAAUCACAUCAUGAACAUGUUCAAUGCUCUGAUGGGAAUCGAUCCACCUUUCACAAUGGAUGACCUAGUUCUUGUUAGCGACCUGUCUCAGCUCACGAACAUCUUGAGCUUAAUCAGCAAAGUCGACGAGAAUGCUCUGCUGCGCCACCUGUCGUGCUUGUUUGUGACGGCUUAUGCCCCGGUGGCCAAUCCUUGGGCCGUUCUGCUCGUCUUCCACGGCAGUGAGCACCGUGCAAAAGUUGAACGGCCUCGUUUCUGCGCUGGUCAGGUAGAGCCGAGCUACAAGCUCCUUGUCGCCGCUAUGGCCACCGUAGUCCACUUCUCAGAGAACGAGCGGCGUCGCAUCGACGAGCUCCUGGACGGUAUCGUCCAGAUUGCCGUGGAGAAAACGUGGGCUUCGUGGCUCGACAACGCGACUAAACAGGUUGCCGUAGAAAAGCUAAAGAACGUGCACACCGUCGUGUGGCCUUCUGACAAAUUUCUGACGCCGGAGGCCCUCGAAGAAGUGUACAGAAACUUCACUAACAACGCUUCAUCCUUCACAAAUUUCUGGAUCGAGACGCGCCGCAGCCAACGGCUGCUGUUCGGCUCCGAGGCGGCCGCAGAGGAACUGCUUCUGGGCGAUAACACUCAGCUGCCGUACGUGGAUUACGUACAGGUGCUCAACCGUCUGUCCCUCUCCCUUGGAGCACUGGCACCGCCUCUCUACUAUCCGGAGGGUACCAAGGCCAUGUUGUACGGCGGUGUAUUGUAUAUGUACGCUCGGGCUCUCCUCAGUGCCAUUGACGAUGUAGGAGUCAAGGUAAGGGUGCAAAUGUGA